CUUUUGCGUCGCUGGCGGCGAUUAGGAUUGACAGAUGCACCAAGAAUCGUUUUAUCAAUGACUAUGACUAUGGCAUUAGCUCCUUCUGAUUGUUUUGAGGAAGCACUUUCCUUUAUACAAUUCGAAGCUGAUCAAAUUUCUCAUGAAUAUCCUACCAUUAAUGAUUUUUUAGCGUAUGUACGCAAAACUUGGUUGCCACUAGCAUCAAAAGUUAGUGUUUAUGAUUGUCCAGUAAGAACAAAUAAUAUAACAGAAAGUUUCCAUAACGUAGUAGGAAGAAAAUUUAGCAAAGCUCAUGAAAAUGUCUGGAAUUUCUUAGAUAAUCUACGAAAAUUGAUUAUUGACGAAGAACUAAAGCUAAAACGUCUGAAAACAACCGAAACAAAUGGGCAUCGUACAAGUAUAAAAAACAAAAACCGUGAUAACAAAAUACUAGAAAUUCAAAAAUAUUUUGCAGCACGUAGACUACCUCUCAACAAUUUCUUACGUUUCUUUAGCGACGGAUGUGAAAAUAUUGUAAAGAAGUUUCUUUCUAAAGAGUGUAACAGUCAUUCGACAUCUGAUGAAGACUCUGACCGUAUGUAUUCUGAAACAAACACAUUACAAAAUACAGAAAACAAUGCAAAAAUUAAUGUAGAAAGGAUACCGUUACAAGAACUAAAUUGUGAUGAAAGAAAUAGUUCACGAGUAGAAUGCCAUAAAAGAAAACAGGAAGUGUCGGAAGAAAACACUGAUAAAGGUAAGUACAUGAACAUUGAUGUUACAUUUGCAAACGUCAUAUUUUCUAUUUUAAAUAAAGUAUAAUUUAUGUAAAUUUUAAUGUUAAAUUCACAAG